GCCUGAGCCUGACUUCCUGGCAUCCUGCGCGCGGCUUUCCCGCCAGGAUAAAGCCGAAGCGGUUGUCUGCUCGGCUGGGUCUUCUUUCAGGGCCUGGUUUUCGGCCGGGGCUGGGGUCUAGUCUGCCGCUCCGCCAUGACACGCGAGCCUGCCAAGAAAAAGGAAAAGCGGCUGUUCGACGCCGUGUCUUUCGGGAAGGACCUGCUGGCCGGCGGCGUGGCGGCCGCUGUGUCCAAGACAGCCGUGGCGCCCAUCGAGCGGGUGAAGCUGCUGCUGCAGGUGCAGGCGUCGUCCAAGCAGAUCAGCCCAGAGUCGCGGUACCAGGGCAUGGUGGACUGCCUGGUGCGGAUCCCCCGCGAGCAGGGUUUCUUCAGUUUUUGGCGUGGCAAUUUGGCAAAUGUCAUCCGGUAUUUCCCAACACAAGCCCUAAACUUUGCUUUUAAGGACAAAUACAAACAACUCUUCAUGUCUGGAGUUAAUAAAGAAAAACAGUUCUGGAGGUGGUUUAUGGCAAACCUGGCUUCUGGUGGAGCUGCUGGGGCAACUUCCUUAUGUGUAGUAUAUCCACUAGAUUUUGCCCGAACCCGAUUAGGUGUCGAUAUUGGAAAAGGUCCUGAAGAGCGACAAUUUAAGGGAUUAGGUGAUUGUAUUAUGAAAAUAGCAAAAUCAGAUGGAAUUGUUGGCUUGUACCAAGGAUUUGGUGUUUCAGUUCAGGGCAUCAUUGUGUACCGAGCCUCUUAUUUUGGAGCUUAUGACACAGUUAAGGGCUUGUUACCAAAACCAAAGGAAACCCCAUUUCUUAUCUCUUUUUUUAUUGCUCAAGUUGUGACUACAUGCUCUGGAAUACUCUCUUAUCCCUUUGACACAGUUAGAAGACGUAUGAUGAUGCAGAGUGGUGAGGCAGAACGACAAUAUAAAGGAACCAUAGACUGCUUUGUGAAGAUAUACCAACAUGAGGGAAUGAAUGCGUUUUUUCGUGGUGCUUUUUCCAACAUCCUUCGUGGUACGGGGGGUGCUUUGGUGUUGGUGUUAUAUGAUAAAAUUAAAGAAUUUAUCAAUAUUGACAUUGGAGGUAGUUCAUCAGAUUAAAUUGAGAAACCCAUCAUUUAAAAUUUGUUAAGCGCACAAAUUACAUAGCUGCCGUGUGUGUACAUUUUGAUAGUAUUAUUACUGUCAGUGUUUCUUAAAGUGCUAAUUCUGAAAUAAAGCAUAGGCGUUUUUCAAGGGUUUAAAUAUUAAAAAUCAGAUAAAUGUGGGUUUCCUUCCCAUUUAGAUGCAAACUCGUUUUAAUGAGACAUUUUACUUUAAUG